AUGUGCCGAGAACAGCGUAAGGUCUGGUACCAGUGUCGCCAUGAACCUGUCUUCAAAUACUACUGCCGAAACGCCAGACGCACAGUCGUAGCUUGUCCAGCAAACGGGUGGCAAUACGAAAAGUUGGAAUUCUCUGGAGGUACCAACAUCCCUUGCGAGCAUCCAGACUGUGUGAGAUGGAACAGACGUCUAGCAGAGAUGCGCCAGGAGACCUUGGAGAAGAACAUCGCAGACGCCAUGUAUCUUCGUAUUGAUUGA